CCGGACUGAAAAACUAACCACGAAAUUAAGUGCUGUAUUCAAUUAUCAACAAAGUUGAGAACCCCUGCUGACUGACUGUUUUUACCGACAAAAACGACCGUGGUGACAUCUCUGCUUAGCGUUUGCAACUAAACUCUAACGUUAGGCUAGGUUCUCGAGUCCUAGUGUUUUUUCGGACAAUCUCCACCCUACCCAACGUAUGCGCUCGAAGACUAAAAUGACUAAAAUGAAUGAAAAGAAACAACGAAAUUCUUGUUAUUGUGUUGACUUUUCAUAUCAACAAAUCCCUGCAAUUGAUAAUUGAUACCGCCGCCCGCCGCGCUGUUGAAUGUUGACAUCGACGACGACCGAGUAACCGACAGUGGCAGCGCGCUUGUGGUUAUACCCUUAAGCUAUCUCUCUCGCACUCACGGUGGCGAGAUAGCGACUGCUCCAUUACCUUAACCGGCAUAACCUCAAAAGGGUGUUGAUGAGGAAUGGUCGUUGGUCGUUUUAUUUGUGUUCGAUCAAUCAUACCUGCUUGGGUUUCGGCAGUUUCGGAUUAAAUGUAAUAUCAGAUAGAACUAUUUGCGAGAUAGACAACUAUACUCAUUUUUUCUGUAAAUAAUCCUUUCACCACUUGGACAUGGGAUGUUUAUUGGUCCAGUGCACUACAACCUAUCGAUAAUACAUCAAUAAAGAAAAUUUACUUUUACAUGUAAUAAAAAUAAUGACGUCCGUUCUAAGAGCGAGUUUUCUCAGCCGAGGACGACAAUGGAUUUCACUAACGAAUUUUUCCAAAAGCAGACAAUUUGCUUCUCUCGACUCGAGAUACCAAAGACAGGCGGAAAGAGAGAUUCUGCCGAAUCAAGCGAAAUCAUUCAUCUCGUCAAAAGUUUUGGAUAAAUGUGAACGAUUGUAUGAAGGAACUCUUCACAAAAGAAUACGUUCCGUAAAAAUCUUUUCUCUUGCAACUUCGACCGGGAGCUUAUUAUGUCAGCCUUAUCUCAUAUCAAAAGUUGCAGAAACAGGCAGUAGCGUGGGUGUCGGAGGAGUAUGUCUUGUAUUUGGAUUCUUCGCUUUUGUUACACCGCUCCUGCUUCAUCUCAUAACCAAGAGAUACGUCGUUUAUGUUGACUACAAUCCUCUCACGGACUCUUACAUCGCUACUACUUAUUCUAUCUUUGUUCAAAAAAAAGAGAUUGAAUUCAAGCCGGAGGAUGUAAAAUUGCCUGAAAUAAGUGAAAUGUUGACAUCGUGUUUCGUCAAAGGUAUACCCAUGUUCAUGGAUGUACAAAAUUUUACAAAUAUUGAUCAUUACAAGCGCAUAAUGGGUUUCGACAAACCCAUGGACUUUUCCUUCCCUACCGAAGACAUGAACUCAAAAGGAAAAUGAUGUUUUUUUCUAACAAUAAAAUAAUAAAAACUUGGUAGUUUAACGAUUA